AUGGACGAAUGUAAGAAUACUGACGCCAAAUUCUGUGUAGCGAAUCUUCGUCUCAAUUAUGUACAACAAAAUGAGAGUUUUGCUGGGUUUUUGGGUAGUCCAACUGAGAUGCUCUUGCUGAGUAAUGGUGCUCCAGUUAUUAGUCAUGAAAUAUUUAUCUGGCUUAACAAAUAUUAUGUGAACUAUUUGGCUAAUGCAAUAUGUUUUUCGAGCACAUCAUGCGGUGUUGAUGACAUACAGAGAGCCUACGCUGAAAUGCGUACAUUUGACUUUAUUCCUAUUCAGGAAAAGUUGGCCACGCGUCUCUAUGGUCAACCAACAAAUACAUUGAAAUGUGCAAAUGAGCAUGGUGAUUCAGUCGAAUGCAUGGACGGAUUCUGUUUAGUGGUUUCCGAUGGCAAUGGAGUAUCAAUAGGAGGCAGUUGCGUACCCAAAGGUAUCGAUUCUAAUCCAGCCGGUGUUACAAUCACUAGGGCCAUGAUUACUUCGCCUGCUGUUACCACCCAAACUGCAGUCUCAUACGCAUGCAAUAAAGAUAUGUGUAAUUCAAAAGAAACCGUCCGAGAAAUUCUUCAAAUGCUGGCCGAUGACAAACUCAUCGAUCAACCACAGUUUCCGACUGUGCCGCCAACAGAAAGCACGUCCGUCACUUCUAUUGGCACAUCAACACCUUCGGCUGGUACAUCAACACCUUCGGCUGGCACAUCAACACCUUCGGCUGCCACAUCAACACCUUCGGCUGCCACAUCAACACCUUUGGUUGGCACAACAACACCUUCGGCUGGUGAAAAACUUCAACUCACCACAUUCUUUAUUGUUUUUGUAUCAUUAUUCUUAAUAACAAUCGGACGAAUGGUCUAA